CACAGCACCUUCCUAUUUGUUGGACUGUGCUAUAUAUCAUUCCUGUAUAGCUGUGCCUUUUGCAUUCCCUGAAUGCUCAGGCAUAAAUCGAACUCACCGUCCGGUCUGCUUCUAUUCCCUUGCCGUUAACAAUGGAACCCUCUACACCCUCGAACCCUCUCUUAUCGUUCUCUACAUUCAUCCACCAGAACUGCCUCCGGAUAGGCGCGGAGCUCGCCACUCGGUUUGGUGAAACAACUCGAGCCCUAGCCUGCAACCUCCAGCGGCGGCCUACUAACAGGCUACUCUGUCCGGCGCCGCUAUUCGCCUCUGUAUCGCAGCCAAAGCACUCUGCAGCUGCAGCCACUUUGAGCUCAGACCACGUGGCUAAAACCCUUGCCGGCACGGCCGUUUACACAGUGAGCAAUUCUAACAAUGAGUUCGUGCUUAUCUCUGAUCCUGAUGGAGCCAAGUCAAUUAGCUUGCUUUGCUUUCGCCAGGAAGACGCCGAAGCCUUUCUCGCUCAGGUUCGGUUGCGGAGAAGAGAAUUGCGAAGUGAGGCCAAGGUUGUGCCUAUUACUCUUGAUCAGGUAUACAUGUUGAAAGUUGAGGGAAUUGCAUUUCGGUUUUUGCCCGAUCCAGUUCAAAUAAAGAACGCAUUAGAGCUGAAAGCUGCUGGCAUCAAGAGCGGUUUUGAUGGAGUUCCUGUUUUCCAGUCAGAACUUCUUGUUGUCAAGAAGAAAAACAAGCGUUAUUGCCCAAUAUAUUUCCAGAAGGAAGAUAUAGAAAAAGAACUGUCAAAGGUUUCAAGGGCACCAAGAGGACUGGGUCUUUCUCAGCAUAUUAUGGUGGGAAGUUUGGAGGACGUUCUGAGAAAAAUGGAGAUGAGUGAGAAGAACUCAGGCUGGGAAGAUCUGAUUUUCAUCCCACCUGGUAAAAGUCACUCUCAACACCUUCAAGAGGUAGUUAAGGUAUGAUGAAUUGCUUGCAUGUGUUACUCCAGCAGACCAUAUGAAAGUAAUCAAAAAGCGGCGAACAUGGUUUAAGCAGGUUGGCCAUCAUAUCUAAGUAUGUGGUCUGGAGUAGCCUUGAGGUAUAAAGAAGAGAUACGAUGUCACUUUGAAAAAGGAAUAAGAAAAUGGACUAACAUUCAAUUCAGUAAAAGAGGUCAGUGUAAACUUAAUUUACUGUCUGUACAGUAUCAAAAUGCUGCUGCUUUGAAAUAUUAUCAAGAGAUUGUCAUGAUUUCAUCACUUAUGGAAUGGCAAUUCUUUCCAAAUGUUUCUUUCACUUCUAUUUGUAUUUUAGAUGACAUGUUUCUAGUUGAAGUUUUGUUGACAUAUCUGUGGAGGCAUAUAAUGCCCUAAAAAAAAGCUAUAUGACGGUGCACAUUUUUCAUGAUUCUCUGGCUUGUCAACCUCGUACCGGCAAUGUUGCUAAAUUGAUAAUUGAUUUGGUGGGUAUCAAGGAGUAACCUUUUCAUGGCAUUAUUGGAAUCACUUUUGACCAUCAUUCUGCUGUAAUCCUUCCAUUGCCAUUAUUAUUGUGGGUUCAGUUAGCUACUGUUGGUAGAGACUGUAAUUUUGAAGACCUCAAUCGCUGCAUCAAACUUAUUAGUAAUUA